CGUACCUUUUAGACACUAGAUCUAGCCGUCUAGAAUGUACUAGACUCUAGAUAUCUAGAUAAGACUUUUAUCGUAGCACUCUAGACUGACUAGACUCUAUAUAGAUCUAGUCUAUAUAGAAAAAUGCCUAGAGCGAAACCUUUCAGUGGAAAACAGAAAAAACAACAACUUAAAGAUAAAAAAUCUAAAAAGCAAGAUGGACCUGCUUACUUAGCUGAAAAUAGUGAUUCAGACACUGAACGCUCAAGACAGAAAAAACAUGGACCAAAUCAGAAAACCAGCAAACCCAAAGAAAUACUAAGUAAAGAAUCCAUCCUUGCUCAACUAGAAGUUCAAAAAAUUAAUGAGCAACCUGUUAAAGGUGGUCCUAAAGGUGAAAAGUUUGAUAUUAACAGUUUCAGAUUACAUUUUUUCAAAGAAAGUGAAGAGAAGGUCCAACAGGGGAAAAGAGAAUCAAGAGUGCCAGUCAAAUUACUCACUGAGAAACAUGUUGCCUACAGCAUAGAAGAUGCCUAUCCACCAACAUGCAAACUUGACUUUCCAAAAAGACAACCAUGGAGCUACGAGCUUACUAAGGAGCAAUUGGACCAACGAGAGCGGCAGUAUUUUAAAAAUUAUGUUUUGGAUAUUUUGGAUCAGCCUAGGGCACUUGAUCUGAGCUACUUUGAACUGAAUUUAGAAACAUGGCGACAAUUAUGGCGAGUCCUAGAGCUUUCCGAUGUUCUAUUAGUCAUUGCAGACAUAAGAUAUCCAGCUCUCCACAUACCACCCAGUCUAAUCAAUCAUAUCCUCAAGGAACUUCACAAGCAGGUCAUCAUCAUUUUGAAUAAAGUUGACUUUGCCCCACCUGUGUUAGCCUUAGCCUGGAAGAGGUAUCUUCACAGUGUAUUCCCAGGCAUCCAUGUGAUAUUCUUUUCUUCAUAUCCAAGACAGUCCAAAGACCAGGAACUUCCUGUUGACUUUGACCCAUCUGCUGUGCUGUACAAAAGAGCCUAUAAAAAAAAGGCUGUUCCAGUUGGGCCGUCUGAGCUUUUGCGAGUCUGUACAGAGAUUAUACAAGGGCAAGUGGACUUGUCUUCCUGGGAAAAGAAGAUAGCUGAGGAUGCUUCUUAUAUACCUGGAGAUGAUGAUGAGGAUGACGAGGAUGAAAGUGAUAAGUCUGAUGAAGCAGCUAGCAACAAUGAUGCUGAGCAAGAAGAGUGGGAUAGAGAACGGUUUGAAAAUGCUGCACAUGCCAAAUACAAGAAUGGAAUAGUGACAAUAGGAUGUCUAGGUUAUCCUAAUGUUGGCAAAUCUUCAGUGCUAAAUGCUCUAAUGGGUAAAAAGGUUGUCUCAGUGUCCAAGACUCCAGGACACACCAAACACUUACAGACCAUCUUCAUUUGUCCAACUGUCAGACUUUGUGACUGCCCUGGUCUUGUAUUCCCAUCCAUGGUACCUAAAGCUUUACAGAUAAUUGCUGGCAUAUAUCCAGUAGCUCAAGUAAGAGAACCCUACUCAGUUGUUGGAUUUCUGGCUCAAAGAAUUGAUAUUCCAAAAUUAUUAAAACUCAGCCCACCAGACAUGUCAUCUGUGGAAAAGGAUGAGGAGAGUGGACAGUUGUUGUGGUCAGCCCAUGACAUAUGUGAAGCUUGGGCAAUCAAAAAUGGUUUUACGACCUCAAAAGCAGGAAGACCAGAUGUUUACAGAGCAGCCAAUAGUUUGCUUAGACUAGCCGUAGAUGGUCAACUGUGCUUGUGUUUCAGACCUCCCAAGUAUAAAGAUCAUUCUGAACAACUUCUGUCAGACCCAGAGACCAACAAAUUGUCCACAAUACUUGCAAAUAAACUAUCUGACCCGAAAGACUCUGAUCAUGAAGACAAACAAGAAGAGAGUGAGGCUGAAGAAGAUGAGGAAGAGGAGGAAAGUAACUUUCAACACAGAGGAAUGUUUGAUAAGCUACAGGAACUAGAUGAUGAUGACCCAACAUAAAAGAAUUGACUUUUUUACAAAAUUUGAAACUAGAAAUGUUAUUUGUGAAUAGAAAUAUUCAACUAAAGAAAAAUCACUGGAAAGAAGUUUGUGCCUUAAUUUGUUGACAAUUAUUUACCAGUUAUUUAGUGUGACAAAAAUAAAGAGAUGACUGUCAUAUUGAAGUAAUCUAAUAUGUUUCUUAUGAAUUAUAAACCUUUGCUUUGCAAUAAUUACUUUUCACAUUAAGUUUUGCAUAAUUUUAGGAUAUUAGUACAAUAAAAAUGUAUUUAUACAAAGACAUUGAUUUAGAUUUGUACAUUUUUUGUUCAUUCUAUUCUCUUUCACUAGUAUGACACAAUGUAUCUAUUGGGGUGAUGUUUUUACAAUACCUCUAUUCAACUUGCAUACAGAUAUUAAAAAUUGCUGUAAUGAUUUUCCUAGAAAUGGGACAUUUGCUGUAUAACGUUGGGAAAAGAAUUACUAGCUCGUUGGCCACACUGGUGAAACUCUAGUUUGACUUAAUAAUUUUUCUUAGUAAAAAAAGAACAUUUAAAGUUGGCUAGAGGAUGAGAAAAUAUCGGGUAUUUCGCAUCUAGGCCUUAUCCAUUCAAUAUUUUAAUUAAUUAAUUUUCAGGAACAUUUUGCGCAUCCUCUUCUAAGUCUAGAUCUAAAGGUUAUAAUUGGAAUAUUAUAAAGUCAGUAGAUUUUUACACUUUUACAGGAUUCUUUCUUGAGGGAAAGGGGCGGGGUAGAAAAUGUUACUUUUUUUUUUUAAAUCUUCCAUUCAUUAGUGAUUAAGAGAAAAAUAAUCGCUCAAUUUCCUGUAUAAAGGAAGUAUUGUCUUUUUUUUUUUAAAAGUAUUAUUUAUGAUUUUCUUUUUUAAUUUGAUAAUUCAACAUUUUUAUUAUGAUUUAUUAAUUAAAUUUUAAAAUGUUUUGAAUUCUGUGUGAUUAUUACAACAGCAUUUCUGAACUUUUUUUGGAAAAGCUUGUAUACAGUAAACAUAUAAUAUCUAGAAUUAUGUUAUCUUUCUGUUGAAAAUUUAAAUUGCUUGCACUGUCCAAUCAGCUGGCCAGUUUACACAACAUAACCAAAUGUGAAAGUAUACAACAAUACAAAUAUAUGAAAAUCAAAACAGUUAAAGAAUAGAUAGAUCUAGAUCAGAGGUGGGCAACCUUUUUCUAUUGAGGGCUGCAUUAAAAAGAAAUUAGGAAUUGGGGGCAACAAACAUAUA